CUGAUCUGAUCUCUAGUCCUCGGAGGUCAUUCUCGCUACAGUUACAGCCACUUGUUGCCAAGUCGCUGAGAGAGCGCGAGCGCGUCGCGAAACCGUUUUCAUAAAAAGCUGUUUCUUUGCUUUCACGACGCACAUCUAGAUGUUAAGACGGGAAUAUAACUACUUCUGACUUUGUUGGGGGAAAAAGGUCACUUUUGAGCAAAUUCUUCGCAUUUGACGGGAGAAGCAUGGUUGACAACACAAGCAUAGCAACUAAAUCUGCACUGCAAGCCGCUUUCUCGUCGGCGAGCACUCUUCCUCUGCUGGUCAGCUCCUCCGGCGCUCACAGUAACUCGAGCGGCGGCAGCGGGAUGAAGCUGGAGGCGGUCAUGGAGAACCUGCAGCGACAGCAGGCGGCUCGACUCGCUCUGGAGGAGAAACUCCGCCAAGCCGAGAAGGAAAAAGACAUCAGGUCUGUGGUGGAGUCGCAAAUUCAACAGCAAGCUAUCGCUUUCCGCCACUAUCAAGCAGCGGUGAGGGGAGCGUUCGAAUCGGGAGCCCCGAACUCGAGCUCCGGCCACCCACACGAGCGCACAGCCGACUCCGACAUCGACGAUGAGGAUGACGACCCAGACCUGGACCGCGGCAUGGACGAUGAAGACCGCGACUUGGAGGAAGAUGACAGUAUGAACGAGACUGGAGGGGAUGAAGAUUUGGAAGGACCCCUAGCUCAUUACCCACCGCGCCUAGCUGUUUAUCCCGGUGCCGGGCAGUCUCCAAAAAGUACCCCGAUACAUCUGUCCAGAGUCCAGCCAACCUAUCCAGCUCCAAGGCAGGCUGAAUCACCGAGUGGUUUGGCACCACAAGCACAAUCGCAGCACCACGAAUGGACUUAUGAGGAGCAGUUCAAACAGUCAGGCCAAGGCAGCGGGCCAGGGAGGAAGCUGAAAGAUUCAAGUGUUGCUUUCGGUGGCGGUGGCUCUUCGUCUCUGAUUCAGGAGCUGUACGAACUGGACGAUGAUGAGAAAAGAAAGGAGUUUCUCGAUGAUCUCUUCAGUUUCAUGCAAAAAAGAGGGACUCCAGUGAAUCGGAUUCCUAUCAUGGCCAAGCAGGUGUUGGAUCUGUACACUCUCUACAAGCUUGUCACCGAAAAAGGCGGCUUAGUGGAAGUCAUCAAUAAGAAAAUAUGGCGCGAGAUUACCAAAGGCCUGAACCUCCCUACCUCCAUCACCAGUGCGGCUUUCACCCUCCGAACACAGUAUAUGAAGUACCUCUAUCCUUAUGAAUGUGAAAAGCGGGGACUGAGCUCUCCCGGGGAGCUUCAGGCAGCUAUCGACAGCAACCGUCGCGAAGGCCGGAGACAGAGUUAUGGCUCCACCCUCUUUAACUACUCCCCCGUGGGCACCCCCACCCUGCUGGCUUCCCCAAAACUCCAGAUGCCCCACAUCAGCAUGCCCACUCCCAACGGCGGGCACAUGACCUCUGUUAUCAAGAAAGAGGACUCCCUGCUGUCCAGCUGCCUGACUAACAGGAUGGGCAUCCCUGUGUCUUUGGCCAGCCACCACAGUGCAGCUCAGGCGGCUGCGGCUCAGGCUGCAGCUGCAGCAGCUGUGCAGGCGGCCGCAUUGGAGCAGCUGCGGGAGAAGCUAGAGUCUGGAGAGCCACCGGAGAAGAAAGUGAUGCUCAUGGCAGAGGAGCAGCAGAGGAUAAUGCAACAUGCAUUACAGCAGAAUCUCUUCGCCAUGGCAACCCAGCUACCCAUGAACAUCAAACUGAACAAUAGAGAUGAUAGACAAGAGACUGCAUUGAACCUGUCUACCAACGGCAUUAGCAGCAUCAACAUGUCAAUAGAAAUAAAUGGGGUUGUCUACACAGGGGUCCUGUUUGCCCGUAAGCCAGCCAUAGGUUUCAUGCCAGGCAGCCAGCGAGUCCAUCACCAACACAGCUCCCAGGGAAAGAGCAGCAGCACAGGGCUCAGCACCCAGAUGCAGUCGUCCUCCUCUUCCUCCUCCACCGCCUCCUCACACGGACCAGCCACCUCCCCUUGAGCCCACAACACCUCACUCAACUCUCCCCCGACGUCAGACAAGGCAGGGUCUUUAGGUCAUUCUGCUGGACCAGUUUUUUUCUGUCUCCUUCAAUGUACAAUGCACACUUUCUACUGUUUUUCUAACCCUCCCACUGCAAUCAGGACAGGAGCGUCCAUCACCGAAAAAACUUCCAUUAAAACAAAAGGCUGAGCACCGACAGCUGAUAGCUGCACAUUUGAGAUGUGGUACAUUUACAAAUGCAGUAAGUUGCAGCUUGUGAUUUUGUUCUUCUGAGGAUGCGUUAUUCAGCGACUAAAACGUACUGCGUGACAAUGCCAUGAACACAAGGAGCGGUGUGACGCUCGAGAGGACGGGAUGUUUCUCAGAUUCUUCACUUUCCUACACUGAUCCUGAAGUUUUGGCAUCUUCAUCUUUACCUGUUGCAUUCUUGAAUCAAACAGCAAGAGCUACUAUCAGCUAUUAGUACCAAAGAGAAAAAGCGCGGCAUAUUAGCGGUUUAUUUGAUAGCGUUACAACUCAUGCAGAUUUUUAUCGCCACCAUCACACAUAUCCGAUGCCAUUGCAAAUGAUCAGAAAGUUACCAAAAUGAGUUAUCAAGCUGAUAUUUUAAUAUCUUGAUUUUAAGCAAAGCACAUCCCAUUUAACUUGGGCAUCAAACAGUCAGGGAGAAAAAGUUAUUUACUGUAUUACUGCUUAAAUAUAUGUUUGUAAAGAAAAUAUAUUAUAGCCAUCAGAGCAGUCAUCUACACAAUCUUUAAAAGACCGGGAGAAUCAUAAAUGCGAGAUCGGUCACGUAUAGCUUGAUAUGGAGGAAAGCAGACAGGAUUAUGUGUACUAUAUUCUCUCAUGCCUGGAAAUAUAUUCCAUUGAUUAGUGAGUUAUUUGGGGAACACUUGUCGACAGUGUUUAAUGAUUUUCCACCACCUCAGCUCAGCCCAUGUUUUAUAGCAAAGUGUUCAUUAAAUGGUUUAGUAGACGGAAAAACAGGUCACACUGCUUAAUACAGGUUUCAGAAGUCGAGGGUCAAAUGAUAUUGUGACGUGUGACUGUGAGCUGGACGUUGAUCAUAAAAAAAAUGGUUGAGGUCUUCAACCAGAAAAGAGAGGCUCUUUAGAAGAAGAUUAUGUGCUGUGAUCGCGCUGAAUAUGGCUCAUCUUAGGCAUCAGUUCAUGUUGUGAAUAGAAUCCAGCUUUCAUUACGUUUUCAA